CUACUUCCGGUAAAAUUGCUGGAUCGCUGGCUUGUGAAAAAAAAUAUUUUGUACACAUUAUUAUUGUGGAUAACGAAUACACACAGCUCACAAACAUGGGGGAUUCUUUUGUUUGGAGUUUGAAAAACGGUGAACUGGAACAAGUACGCAAAAUCGUGGAGGCUAAGGGACCAGAGGUCAUCAAGAAGGAAAUAGAAAAUGGAAGGAUGGCACUUCACUUUGCUGCUGACUAUGGACAGACAGAUGUGAUGGAAUAUUUAAUAUCAAAAGGUGCUGAUGUUAAUCAACAAGAUAAGCAUGGCAUUAGCCCGUUGCUGGCUGCAAUAUGGGAAGGUCACACAAGUUGUGUUAAAUUGCUCUUGGAAAAGGGUGCCAAGAAAGACGGCAAGUCUCCAGAUGGAAGCCGCUUAAUAGAAUGUGCUGAAACACAGGACAUUAAGGACUUGCUCAAGUAACGUGUUUGAACAAUGUUUUGAUGGGGCACAGGAAUAAACAAGGCCUUGUAUGAGUGGGAGCUUAAGAUGUCUAGUGGAAGAGGCCUGGAGUUCACAUUGGAUCACUGUAUAUCUUGCAUCGCUGUGGUCACAUCCCAGUAUAAUCAAGCUCAAGCAUGGACUCCUCUAUGUUUUUUUUCUUUCUUUCUCUUUAACUUUACGUUAAUGUUUUACACAUCUUUUGCAUGACCACCAUGUCUUGUAAGUUGUUCCGAACCUUUGUAAUCAAGUCAUGUUCUUGAACAAGAAUCAUUUUUUAUUUUAGUAUGUCUAAUUUGGUGGCAGUUGCUAAUGCUACUUGUGUUUUUAAUGUACUCAAAGUUAUGAAUUUUGGGUCUGCUGAUAAUUACUUACAUGCAUAACCAGUUUCUGCCAUGGUUUAUAACAAUUUUUUAUAGUUUUUUAUUUUUGUUCAUAUAUGUUCUGUGGUAUGACCAGAAUAUAACAGGGAACAAGAAAGAAAUGUGAACUGUAGAUGAGUAGUCAAAAAACUUAAAUCAAAGUUUUGCUGUUUCAUGUUCUGGGUGAUGUCAGCAGCUAUUGCUGAAGGUAUAUUCUGUCCAUAUUAAAACAGUUAAAUGCUUUUCCUUUAUGUAAUCAAAUGUAUCAAUACCAUAUCCUCUAUAUACCAAGCAUUCAUUUAAAAUAUUUGUGGUCUCAAUGAGAAAAUUCAUUCAAAAGCCACUUUCACAAAUUCAUUUUUACAUAAAUUUUUUGUCCAGGUUAAAAUGGUACAAAGCAAAACAACUUCUGAGGAAAGCUAUGAAAAUGGAUUUGACAAGUUUCAUGAAAGUUGGCCGAAAAGUACAUGUAUGUAUAAAUUAAUAUUAUUACAGCACAUGUUUAAGAUGUAUUUAAUAUACAAGGACCAUGGCUCUGAAAGAGAACCAUCAACCGUUGUGGGGUUUUUUUCUUGUGGAAGAUAU